UACGAUAAAGUGGUUUCAAUGACAAGUUUACAUUAUGAAAUAAAACAAGCCAGAAGAACGAAGAAAAUCUCAAAUUUAAAUAUAAAUCUUAGCCAAAAUGAUACUUCUAAAUCAGAUAAUCUAAGCAAAGGUUAUAGAAUAAAUGCAAGUCAUGAGAGUAAUGAGUUUCAAGAGGAAUUCAAAAAUUAUAAAGAAUUCAGAGGAUUUGAAAAUUAUGAAGAAUUCGGAGGAUUCAAAAAUUAUAAAGAAUUCGAACGUAAUGAAGAAAGCAAUCAUGAAGAAAAUUAUAAUUUUAGUGAAAGCAGAAUUUACUAUAAUGUGUCAUCUGAAGAAAAUACAGAUAUGGAUAUCGAUGAUAAAGCCGAUAACCAAGUGAAUUUAGUAGAUUCGUGGAGAUAUUUGGUAGAGCAAUGGCUGUCGUUAAUUGAGGAUGAAGAUGAUGCAGACGAUAACUCUAUGUUAAAUGAAGAAACUAACCUGGUUAAUAUGAAUAACUAA